AUCGGUUCGGUUGUGUUCUAUCCGCGGCAGCUAGAAUUUACCACCUGCGUUCGGAAGGGUUGUACAGUAGCUUUUCCAGGAUAAGCUGUGGCUGCGGCAGUCAGUCUGUCUGUCUAUCUGUCUGUCUGUCGAGUGAUUUACUGUUAGUUUAGUGUAUGAAAAGGUUGAAAGUGGGGUCGCGUACAGGUGGCUUCUGUAAACACUGCCGUAACGAGGCAAGGGAAUUUCGAGUUGCACCCCGGGUGUGCUGAGUCAGCCGUGAAGUGAAACGAAAGUUUUUGGGGUAGGAUCGAAAUACCGGGAAAUGUCGCUCAAGAGUAUUGCAACUACUCAGCAGUAGUGCCGUAAGCUAGGCUGAUUAUAAUGUACAAGUCCGGAACCUGUCAACAGGGUCGUAAACUGACCUCCUCCGUACGGCGGGCAGUGAUUUAGUGCAAAGAUAACGACGCACUUUUCGGCCGAGGAUUACGGUCGACUCGCAGCGGAAUCCUUUUUUGCCACUAAAGCAGUGGGAACGUGGUGCGUCAGAAUGAAUCAGUGUUUCGGGGGCCACGUGAUUUUAUAAGGUGAAAAUCGAGUGCUCGGUAUUAGCAUAACGAAAGCCUCUGGUUCGAUCAAAGGCGUGGGAAAGAAAAGAAAGAAUAAUCGUCCUGCAACAGUGGGUGUAAUUUGAAGGAUGUUAAACCAAUUCGACAUUUCACAGGUCAUUUGUGUUUUGUUUAUUAGGGAGGUGCUUGAGCGCGACGAGCGCGAGGUUGUGGAAUGUCGUGAGUGAUUAUAGCACUUGAUUAUGUUGGCCCGUUGCCUUCGGACUUCUUUCCACGAGUUGAACAUGACCGAAUAAAUUUAUGGAAUUAUUACGACAGAGUAAACGGAGACGACAAUUUCAUUAAGCCGAGCUGUUGGGGUUCCUUUUGCGGUGACAUUCGCUAGGAACUAAUUUUCGUUGGGCCAGCUAAUUACUCCGAAAUCUCCGGAAGGGCAAGCGAGAUAUAUGAGAAAAUCGCAGGAAAGCCGCUCAUUAUUCUUCCUCAACGUUGCCGCCGUUUCCAGCCGCUGUAGUGCACGUGCUGCUCUAGGGAAAAGUAGCUUGACUGAGUAAAAUUGAUAAUUGAGAACAAGGGGCGCGCGGACGGGAAGUUCCUGAAAAUAGAUCAAAUCGGAUAUCAUACUCUUUCGCUGGGAGUGAUGAAACAUUUUUAGUGUGGAGUUAGCAACUCGAACGAAAACCUUUACCGUUUAGCCGGAAGGAAAAUCAAUUACAAAAUAUAUUUCAAACGUUUUUAUCCCAUCUUCUUGGCGGAAAUAACCCGUGAAACGAAAGUGAAGUUUACCGAACAAACAUCAACGUUGUAAAAAAAUACGUGUAGAAUGGGUGCGAGAGUGGGAUAGAGAAAGCAUAAAAAAAGUGAACGGGAAAUUGGUUCUAGUAAUUGAAUUUCUUUCACGAAAAAAAAAAUAAUAGGAAAGUGGGGGAGUGUUCCCGAGUGCUUGCAGAAAAUUUAGAUUCUGUGGUACGAAGCUGUGUCAUAGAUCGUGAUUUAGUGGCUAUCCCCCUCGAAGAAGUGGAUUCGCUUCCUUCAAUCGACUGGAAAAUUCCCGAAUAAUUUAUUGGAGGAUAUCAAAACUUCUGCUUAUGGGACGAUCUGUUGGUAUAAGAACGGAAAAGCACGACAGUUUCAAUUUUUCACUGCGGUGAUACGUAAACCGCACUGCAGCCCAUGAACUAAUCGGUUAGUACCUGGGAAAACAAAAAAAAAAACGAGGACAUAAACAGGUUCAGCACGUUUUGGAAUCUGAAUAAUUUCAACAUCGAGAAAUGGAGAACCGGUGCUGCUGGAAUCUGUGCUGUACUAGCGUCUCUGGCAGUACUCUCGCAUAACAAAACUGGAAUAAUAAUUAAAUUUAGCCCGUUCUUUGUGCUCACUCACUUGCCGGAUCCUUGCAGCACACUCACACCAGCACCUAUGACUGGCAUCAGCGUUCGGAGAAAAAGCUUUGGGCUAACAUCUGGCAACAAAAUAGUAACCGUAGCAGUAGCAGCAGCAACAUCUUUACCAGAAGCAACAGAAACAAGGAUAUCCGAGCCGAAGUGUAGCGGACACGGCAGCUGUGGAGCACCGACGAUGGCACAGGAAGCGACGAAAAGGCUGAAAAUGAGCAAAAAUAUGAGAUCGAUGAUGUGCUUCGUGAUAUUUCUGCUGGUUUUCAUCAUGAAUUAUGGACUCUGCAACGGCCGGCCCGAACCGUUCAUAUCCACCAUUGACGUAGACGCACCAACCGUAGCUCCGAAAUUUAUGACCCGGGGCCAUCUCUACAAGGCCAUCAUUGGUGACUCGAUCGAACUGCCGUGCAAAGUAAAAGACCUCGGUUCGUACGUGCUGCUGUGGCGCCGGGGGACCUCAGUGCUUACGGCGGCCAAUUUGAUGGUGACGCGUGAUCCUCGCUUCAAACUGGUCGAGGGCUACAAUCUGCAGAUAGCGAAUGUGAAAAUUCAGGACGCCGGCGAUUAUAUCUGCCAGAUCGGUGACAACGAGAGCCGGGAUCAGGUGCACACACUGGAAAUACUAGUGCCUCCAACGAUACGAGUGGUGCCACAGAAUCGACAAUUCACAGCCCGGAAGGGGGGCACUGUGACGCUCGAGUGUAAAGCUUCGGGAAAUCCGGUGCCGGCCAUCUACUGGCACAAAAAGGAUUCAUUCACGGGCGCAUCGCAUCUCUCGGAGAGCACUACGCUGGUCAUGGAACGGGUCGAUCGGCAUCACGCCGGCAUAUACCAGUGCACGGCGGACAACGGCGUCCGGGAGGCAGUGAAUGCCGAUAUCGAAGUUACGGUCCUGUCCCCGCCGGAUAUUACGGUGGAAAAGACCUGGGUGCACGCCAGCGAAGGCUUCGACAUCGACCUGAUGUGCACGGUGCACGGGGACGUCAAUUCCGAGAUGCUGUGGUACCAGAACUCCUUCCUGCUGGAUCCCACCGAUCGCCGGGCCAUGUACUCCAAGGGGGACAAGUACACAUUGAACAUUCGCAACUUCCAGCAGUCCGAUUUCGGCAACUACAGCUGCGUUGCGGACAACGCCCUCGGUCGGACGAAGAAGUACAUCGAGGUGUCGGGCCGACCGGGACCGGCCAACUUCCUCUCACCCGCCUACAGCACCCACCUCGAUCGGUACAAUCUGACGUACACGAUCGAGUCGAUACCACCGCUGGACGAGAUAAAGCUACUGUAUCGAAAGUUAAUGAUGAACGAAACAUAUCAACAUCCGGGCAACUGGGAGGACACGAUUUUAGUGCCAACAUUAACCCGCUCCGAUCCGACGCAUUUUAUUAUGUCGCAUGUGAUAAAGGGAUUAUCGCCGAACUCGGUGUACGAAGUGAUGAUUCAGGCGAGGAACAUGCACGGUUGGAAUGAGAUCAGCGACAUCCACCAGUUCUACACGCGCAACUACGAGCUGGCACUGAACGAGCUGGAGUUCGUGAUGAGCUCGAUCUCCAACAGUGGAGCCGCCCGGUGGCUGAUCGGUUCAAUCGUAAUCAAACUACUCACACUGAUCGUUGUGCUGGCCCAUUAAAUCGACUAAAUAUUCGGUGUUGACACACAAGAAGCGACCGAGCAAAUGGAGUAAGCAGCAAUUAUUAGUAAAUUAAAAAAGUUUAGAAUGAUAUCGUGAUCUCUCCCUCCCCUUGUAAACCUAAUACCACCACACGCUCGGAAACCACACCUGGAAUAGCAUGGUUGAUGAUGUUAUAGGAAAACUGCCUGUCGGCAGCACUUUUUACUAACGGCAAUUGUGACCGCGACCGCGCGGUGUAUGUGCGUAGAUUCUAAGGUCAGCUACGUAGCGGUAAAGUAGAUUUUUUUGUAACCAACUCGUGAUAAAUGAACUGAGAACUUCAUGGGUAAAAUAUUGGACAGCUAGUCGUAACAUUAUAGCAAUCUGUCUGUAGAUUAAGCGUAGAACGUGGUAGCGCAAGUAAACAAGACAAGGACAUCCAUUUUUAGAAUACAGAGUUGUCUAAAAUUAUAAUCGAACCUAGAGCGAUCUAAAGUUCCGCAGUCAUCAUGAAGCUGUUCUGUACAUAGAAAAUUCGGUGGCAAAUAGGGAAAACGUCCAGCAAAGCACAAAAAUAUUCUUCAUAAAUAGAGUAAACAGGCGAAAACUGAGCAACAAAUGUGGUUAAUGUUUUUUAGCGAAACCAGUCAAAUGUGAUUUAGAUUAUAUAUCUGUUCGUCACUGUAUGUGUGUACCUUUUUCCGCGCGUAUGCGAUGACGAUUCUGUAGAACACUGAUCCUCUGAUAUAGAUAUUAGCAGUGCCACGCCGGCCGCCAGACGAAUUACGGUGCGCGGGGAUUAUCGAAUUGAGCUUUCGAACGGAUUCCGGUUUCCUUUUCCAGUCCCGAACGCAUCAUGUUGGAUUUAUUUUCGUUGGUGUGAGAGGAUUAAAUUGGUUUGAUGUUUGCGAUUGGAUUGCCGGGAAAUAAUCGGAUACGUUGUGUGGUGUGUAUAACGGGAGCAUUAUGGUGAUUACGUUGGCGGGGAAAACAGCCAUAAAUUUUGGUUUGAAUGGUGACGGGCUGAUAAAGCAGCCGGUGAUACUGUAUUUGCAUCUGAACCGCGUCAAUUAUGAAAUUUUAUACCUUUUGUAUUAUUUUUCAGUAAUGUCUAUUAGGGAUUCUGGUUAAAGAAUAACAUUUUUGUCGCAUACUGGACUGGUCAACCGCAGCGGGCUGUAUCCUUUCCAGUUUUUUUUUUUAAAUUUGUUUAAAAUUCCCCAAUAUUUUUGGAUUAGACGAAAUUUUUGGUUCGAAACAGGUUUUUAUGCUACGUUUGUAUGUUUACUCUUUUUCAGCACAAAUGGUAUUUUUUGUCUUUUCAACCAAUCCGUCGUUUUUUCGCACAAUUAUGGCUUGAAAUUGCACCCAAAACAUGAUUUCUCCACGACCAUAAUGUUUUUCAAUUAAUUGUUUCUAUUUCGGCAAGUAUUUACUGAUAUAGACAUAUGUAUCGACCGCUUUAGCUUUGUUUGGACGGAUUAGAGGCACUGAGACACCCUUUUCGGAAAUGGCUGCCCACACCGCCACUUUCGACUCGAAUUUUGAUUUGCCGGUAUAUUUAACAUUGCCUGGUGUUGCUUCUAUGUUGUCAGUGUAAGAACCAUUCUUUCUACUAAAUUUUUGGUGCAAAAAUGUAAAGUCAUACAAAAAUAUGGAUUCUCUUCGCAACGUGUUUACUGUGAAGUGUACGGCAGCAAAUUGGUAUGCUAUCGAAUUGUUUCGCUGUGGGCUCGCUGACAAUUAUUAUAAAUUGCAUAGCUUUACUUCAAAAUACAGUAGACAAAUCACCUUGAAAUUUUUCCACCCGUUUGUGUGAUAAUUGUCCAAACUUUUAUUUUUUGCACUUGACAGCACAUUUUUCUUUGUUCUGUCACUUUAUUAUAGAAGCGACCGCGUGAUUCAGGUAUCACUUCAUCAAAAGUUUAAUAAUUUUUCUUAACCAAGUUGUAACUUCUUGCAAUCUUCGACAUAGUUGUGUACAAUUAAAUUAAAUUAUACAGUGCCACCUAGUGGUGAAAUUGCGAGCUUAUCGGUUUUCUCCCUGUAAGUUAUCAAAUAAAUCCCAUAUAAAUUUUAAGCACAUGGGCAGCCACUACUGGUGUGACAAGGAAUCGAUCCAGUGGGGGAUCGAUUAAGUUUUUUCAUUGGGAACUUUACUGUGCUUCACAGUUUUGCAAAAAUCGUGCGAUCUAUUAAUUAAAUUAAAAUUUGGUUCAAUAACGGCUUCGAAGGAAUUUGAGGAUAUAUUAAGCUCUUUCAUGUGGUCGGUAUUAAGUCAGACCGGACUAAGUGACAAAAUCUUGAUUUCGAGAAAAACAAGUUUAAAGUUUGAAUCGCAGCAUCCUUUACAUUAUAAUUGGAAAUAAUUUUUUGCCAUAAUUCUUGUUUAUUGUUACAUAUUUAAAAUCUGACAAAAGUCGGAUGUAGCUGACGAAAUGCUUUAUCCUGUACUAUCAUUUUCUCAUUUUUUGAUGUUUUGUGUCUUAGUCCGGUCUGACUUAACACCGACCAUAUGGUGUUGUGAUUUCAAUGAUGGACCCACAGAAAGGCAAAGGAAGUCCGACUAGUUACAGUUCUCUAUUUUCAAUGGACUAGUAAUUUAAAAUACAAAUGAUCUAUCAUUUUCGGGCUUUCGUUUAUCUCACUGAUAAAACUACAAAAAAGAGGCUUUUGAUUUCAUUUGGCUCUUAUAGGCGAUUCUUCUUGAAGUCACAAUUUAAAAUUACCUUUUUGAGAGUUAAACUAAAUUAGUAGAAUUAAGAUGAAUAAAUCAUUGAUUUCAUACCAGGUUUCAGGUUUAAGGUUUAGGAAUUUGCUUCAGCGAUCGUUUGGUAAGUUAAGUUCUAAAUCAUCUAAAAACUUUCAGGAAACCUGGUCUCAAAAGUUUCGUAAGAAGUCAGUCAUUUCAUCUUAAUAAUCUGGUGCGAUUUAUUGAGGCUUAUAAAACAAAGUCGAGUCAUCCUGGAACUUCCGAUUGACGAGGAGAUGCUGGAAAUCGAUGCUUCAAAAUCCAAACUGGAGACUUACAGUUGGGCAAAAUUCCUUAUUACCUAUUUGUCGGGGGAAAAUGGCCAAUACGGGUUACUAGCAAAUUCAGGUCUCGAGCCGUGGUAUCUAUUGACGUUCCUCAAUAUGCGUUUGUAGAAUUCGUAUCCUUUGCCAUAUAUUCAAUCUGGUACGAGAUCGCAAAUAACCGUUUGGCAGAAAAGUGUACGAAGUCAGGGUCAGCGGAACACUAUUUUCCCGAGUGGGUAGUAAGAUUCGGAGUGAUUUCUACUCGUAGUGACGAAAGUUCAGACAUUGCGUUUGUAAGUGAAAAUGAAAGUUUACAGAUAAUAGUAGGUGGCUAUUUGGAAACACCUUUUGUUAAUAGGUUGUAUGACUAACAGCUCAGCGAAAAUGUGUUUGUUGUUUACUUAUACUACAAAUGUUCAACAGCUAUGUACACAUUACUCCAUUCUAUUAAAUUUCGCGGCAUGGGAUUAGCUCCUUCCUGAACCCUAGGCUUCAGACAGUAAAAAUUUCGGUUUGCAAGCAAUUGCGUUCAGCAAAAAUUAAGUAUAAGAAAACAACUUAUUUUCAAUCAGUCCGAUUUCGAGUCUUUCGAUGGAUCUGCUCUUACAAACUUAGUUUUUUUAUUUCGAUUAUAGAGGUUUUAACCUUAAGGUUAUUCGCCUCUUCGAGUUAGAAAAAUCUCUUAUGAAAGUCUCUAACCCUAUGUGUGGGGUCGGGACUCGAACCCAGGUGUGCUGCGUACAAGGCAAUCGAUUUACCAACUACGCUACCCCGAUCAAACUUUGUGCUUUUGAACGGGAAUAGUUUACCUGUUCGCCUUUUUGUGCCGCAGGGCAUGCCAUUGCAAGCAAUUAGGCCAUACAGCUACCCAUUGUAGAAAUAUGGUACGAUGUGGAAAAUGCGGAGAAAAUCAUGAACAUUUUUCGUACAGUGGAGAGAUUCUGCAUGAACUCUCAACAUAUCUCGCAUAUAAGUUGUGCGGGAAAAAAUGAAACAUUCUUUUAACCCUCCGUGAGUCGCACUUAUGGCCCACUGAACGAGCAGCCGCUGGUGUCCUAAGACGAUUUCGCUAGAAUUUCAGAGCAGCGUGUACUUAGUGCACUAGCGCGACUGCCGGAAGGUUAAGGAACGCUCCGAGAAGAAACGCUAAAAAGGGCUACGCGACCGGCCACGACUAAUUUCUACGAUCCCUUGCUCACUAAAGAGCGAGAGUCUAACAAUUCCUUUGAUGGAACAUUUUCUAAUAUGCCUAUAAAUUUUCGAAAGAGGAAAAUCAUUUCCUCUCCAAAGCUUCCUCGUAAAAGCUCGAGAGUGUCCCUUCAUAGGUGCUGUUACUAAACCGAAGUAAGUGGCUCCUGGUCUCGAAAAUCUUAAAAAUUAGCAGGAAUUUUCGCAUAGGACAUCAAGAACCCCAAGUGUCUACAUUUCAGUCCAAUCAUGUUCCCAGGUUUUACACAGUUAACUUUCAACGUAGAUCUUCCACAAUUUUAACAUUAUUCCAAAGGGCCGAGAAAACACUAUGGAGGAACGUUUUUGGAGAUUAACAUGCGCUAUAAGUUAGUCAAAAAGUUUUUUGAACUGCAUCCUUUAAUCUGAAUAAAAAUUAAUUUUUUUAUGUCGAUCUGAAUUCCUUGUUUUAACCCAUUCAUGCCCAUGUUGUAUGUGUACAAAAACAUUUUUAAACAGGUAUAACUUUUGAUUGAGGUACGAUUUGCUCACAAAAACUUAUAAGGAUCAGCUUUAGAACUGAAUUUAUUUUAAUUGGUCCGAUUGGAUUCCGAUGGUGCAGUGCUGCCAGUUUACCUUGCCGACGGAAAAUUAAUUUUUUAUAUAUCUUCGUUAUGUUGCAAUAUUAUUGAAAACUGAUAGAACUUAUCAACUAAGACUGUCUUUGGCUACGUUUUCCACGCAAGUGAACUAUUGUGAAUAUUCUAGGAAAAUUGUAUUGAGCAUUGAAAGGUAAAAAAUGAGUUGUUUCUAGCACUGUGAGGGAAGCACCUAUCUUUAUGAAAAAAGGCUUUUCGUGUUUCUUGGCCCCGCCGAUGUCAAGGAAAAUAGUGUUGAAACCCUACAUACACUCGAAAAAAAUCUGGCAUGAAAGGGUUAAGAUGUAGAUGUGUUAAAACGUAUUUCCCCUAGUAAGGUAGAUGAUCCCUUAUUCAUCUCAUUAGUCAUGAUGUCUGUCACACUAUUUCAUUGAUAACUUGGCUAACUGUCCGUGGAUUGCGCUUGAAUAGGUUCCAACAUCCUACUCGUUCCUACGAAGAAAACCAAUGAGGAAUCUGACCUGGUAAAUGUAAAAUACACGCGUUUGAGCGAAGUGAAAUUUCGAAAAAAAGUUAAUGAUUUGUCCAUUUUAUCAAUAAAUAUAAAUUGUAAAGCAAAUUAAUUUGUAUCUGAAUAAGAGAAUCAGAUUGUUGUACAUCGAACAUUUUUUAACUUCCGAGUGGGUAAUUCCUCUCUUGGUUAUUUUCGAGAGGGUAAUACCACCCAUACUACCCACGUAAUCCGCCGGUCGUACGCAGUUGGUGGAAUUGUGGAGGAGAUCUUGGCUUGUUUGACUGAUCCCGCAUAGUGAGAACGGUACCGGUGUCACUUGAAUCCUUUUGAUUUAGCCUUUUAUCUUCCGUUCUCCGGCGGCUCACCACCACAAAACACUAAAGCACGGGCCGGAACUUUAAACGGGAAUCUACUGUCGCACACGCGGAUUUAACGUUUGUUACGGUGACCGGAAACAUUCCCGAAAAAAACAAAAAUUUCUGCGCAUCUGGUUGUUACCGCGGUCCGUCACUUUUUACUUGAUCAAAAAAAUGGCGCAAAAACACCUCGCCGCACAACUGUCAUCGCGCUUGUACAGCAUAACCAGCAACAAUUUAACAGCAAACGGAAAGCGGUAACCUAUCUUACCCAUAUGUAUACAGAAAUAUGAAUCAAAAUUUACUACACCUAUGUAGACCAACAUAAUCGUUCACAAAAGCUAAAACAAGCAAAAUUUACAAGAAAAAUCGAGCGAUCAUAAGGAACAGCCGUGACAUUAUGUUACAUAAAAGAUAAACUCUACGGAAAGAGUACACAAAGAUAGGUAUAUUUCCACCCAAUGCUACAACAAAAUUUACAAGUACCUUGCUACAAAGUGUAAUAAUUUAUUUUAAAAUUCGAACAUAUCGCAACAAACUUGUAUUCCUUCGGUUCAACAUAAUUAUGUUUAAACGUAACAUCAUGGAUAUUUUUGGAAUAGGGUGGAUGCACAGAUACCGAAAAACGAUGUACGACACCAUUUCCAAAUCCAAUCCAAGAGUACAACUUUCGGUUGAGCAAAAUUCUCAAUGGAUAAAUGGGUAAAAUUCUUUAUAACUUUAACAAUGUCGUUGUUUUCAAAGCGGGUGUGAUGAAAAGACGAUAGAAAUCGAUGCACGACACAUUAUUCAAACUCUAGUUUUCAAUUUCCGAUUAGGCAUAAAGAAGUUAGAUCAAUUUGGCUUGAGCGGAAAUUACCAUCUUAUAUUUUAAGAUGGCGUUGAGCAUAAUUUUCCGUUAUAUUUUCAUCAAUCUUAUUCCGAAAAUACCUAGAUUUUUCGGAUUAUGUAGAUUUUGCUUACCUUAACUCAAUUCUAGCCUUAACCAUAAAAUAUGCUCUGCCGGUUUGAAACAACAUUGCGAAAAACAUCUCGAAAUUAUCACAGACAGAUUUUUUAAAAAUUCGAAAGAAGUUGAUUUGUGUCUUUAAUGUAGAGAUGGACGGAUUAAUUUUUUUUCGAACGCGAAGCUGACUCGAACCUCAGAGCUAUUAAAUUUAAAAAACCCGAACCCUAUAAUCUUUUUUUUUAUCAACGGCAACGCAGAUCCAAGGCCAUCAUUGAAAUGAUAAGUUCUGCGUUUGAGAUGUACAUCCCCCGGUUGCCAGACGAAUACCUGUAAUUAUUACUUGUUGCUUUGUAUGUAUGAAUCUAACGUUCAGUCCUGGGUGGUGUAUCGUGGAAGGUGUGGUUUUUAGCGUUCGAGUCCAGGAGUGCAUAUCUGUCUGAGUUAGCGUGGGCGUUUACUAAUUGUGUAAUAGUAUGAUCGCUAAAGGCGCGAGCAUGUGAAUGCUAGCGUGUCUCCAACUUUGCGUGCAUAAAUUCGAUUUUAGAUUCGUGUGGCCAUUCGCAUAUUCUCGUGUAUUCUUGAACGAUCGCACGCGGACCGUGAAUCUGAUAAUUAAUUUUUAGUGUAUGGUAGAGGAACGUGUUGUCCGGUGAAUAUGAGCAUCAUUCUUGAUUGGUCCAACUGAAGGCAUGAAUCUAGGCUGAUCGAGAGUAGAGAAUUCCGAACGUAGCCGGUCUAUGAUCGCGCGAGUGGUGGGUUAAUGCUUGAGACCGCGGUUGUAAAGUUAUAGGUUCCGAAAAGUUCACUCAAGUAAGGGGGUGUUUUAAUGUUGGCGAAAUUGCGAGCGUAGGUAUGUGUGGAUGAUUGAAAUUGUAAUGUAAGUUCGCGUUUUUGACCAGGUUUGUAUUAUCGCGAAAGUUAGGGGCGUUUGUGCGUUUUGGAUGUGAGUGUAUAUGGGAGAAUAUACAAUUGAUUGUGUUAGUGAGUAUUGGUAUGAACCUAACUUAAAAUAUAGUAAUAAAAGGAAAAAUAACAUGCCGAAUGUUUCUUUUUUUAGGUCACUAACCGUGCAUUGAAGAAUGCCCAAAAACUCUGAACUAGGCCCUGUCGAGUCCAGUCUGUCCGUCUCGUCCUGUCGUGUCUGGGGUUUCCAGGUUACAUGCAUUCAGCAGAUGAGACUAGCUUAUGUCAGCUUACUUGUGCACUGGUUUCGUAGAAUCGAAGCGAUCAUCGAAAUGAUAGAUCCUACGAGUGAAUGCACUUGGCCCAGUCACCUGUCAAGCAUUUGUGUAUUUGUGUGUGUUGAGAUAUGUGUGGAGCCUGUAAGUAAUAUUUUAUUACGAAUAAUAUUUUAUACGUUAAAAUAAGAAAUGUGUAAUAUACUACUUGCAGUUUGUUGUUCGUUCCUACUUAUCUGAUUCCAUCGAGUAUGAGAACACAUAUCCAUUGUUCUAAAACCUGGCGACGUCUGAUGGCAGAGAAGAAUCAUUGUUGGCAGCAAUGUUGCUCUUCUUGGAUGUAUGAGCUCAAAAAGGUCAUCACAAGAAUAUAACGCGUGAGACCGAAAAUAAAUAAAAAUAAAAUAAAGCGAAGAGUUAGUAUUGUUAUUGAGUAUUAAUAAUAUGCCGAAUUUUUUUUUCAACAGUUGUCCUACUGGAGCUGUUCUCGGAAGGGCUCCCCGUCAGAAUCACAUACUUCAAUUUGCAGAUGAGACAGGCAAUGUCGCCCACCAAAACACUACUUUAGGCCAAUUGUAGCGGGCCGUGAUUUUAAAUGUGAUAUGCAUUGUACGGUUCAGGUAUGUGCGGGCGUCAGGACUCGCGAUCGCAUGUAUCAUCGCGAAGUGCUCGAGCAUUUGUACGUUAACGUGUUCGAUCGCGUGUGCCUUUGUAUGUCGCGUGUGCUAACGUGUAUGUAACUUCGCGUGCAUAAAUUCUAUAUAAAUGCCGUUUGCUUUCGCAUAUUCGCGUGUAUUCUAGAAUGAUCGCGCGCGGACCUUGAAUCUGAUACUUAAUUUUUCGUAUGCGGUUCAGAUUCUAGAAAAAAAUGGGUUCUUACAUAUCACUAGAGUUCUCAGUCAUGUCGCCAAGAAAUGUGUUACCUUGUGGAUCUGAGCUUUAUUUUUCGGUUUGUAUAACUGAAUGUAUGUACCUAAGUUACUAGAAUGAAGGAUAAAGAUUUCCGGACGUGACCGAUUCAUGAUCGCGCGCGUUUGCGGGUUCGCGUUUGAGACCGCGUUUGUAACUUCGUAAGUACUAAAACGUUCACGUUUUUACCGGAGUAUUGCGAUCGCGAAUGUAGGUGUGUGUAGAUGAUCGCGAAGAGCUGCAGUAUCGUUUGUUGACGUGUUUGUCGCGUGUGCUCGUGUGUAUGUGCCACGCGUACCGUCAUUCUGAUAUUUAGUUUUCGGUGUACGGAUCACAUUCUGACAGGGAGUGACUUACUCAAUAUCAUUAGAUUUCUCGGUCAUAUCGCCAUGAACCGGGUCUGUCCAGUGUAUAGUAUAUGAGAGCUUUCAUUUUAAUUGAUUCAAUUGAAGGCAUGGACCCAGACUUCUGGAAUCGAGGAUAGAGACUUCCGGACGUGAACAAUUCAUGAUCGCGCGAGUGCGGGGGACUGUAGGUUCACGCUUGAGACCGCGUUUGAGUGAUUACAAGUGCUGAGACGUUCAUAUCAUCACCGGGAUGUUAUAAUGUCUGGAAGAGCGCGGGUAUUGGUUGCGUGGAUAGUCGCGAAGGGCUCAAGCAUUUCUAUAUUUGCUUGUCGCGUGUAUGUGACUUUGUGUAUAUACAUUCGAUUUUUAUGUAGUUUAUUGGAUAUGAGCAUUGUAUUUUUGAUUGGUCCACCUGAAGGCAUUGGACUUAUGCUACUAGGCCGAGAAUAUGGGAUUCCGGAUGAAACCGAUUCAUGAUCGCGCGAACACGGGCAUUUGGAGGUUCACUAUCGAAACCGGGAUUGUUAUUUUAUAGGUGCUAAACCAUUCACUUAUCCACCGGGGUGUUAUACUUUUUGCGAGAUCGUGAGUAUGGUCGUGCGUGGAUGAUCGCAAAGGACUCGAGCGUUUGUAUGUGGACGUUUUUGUCGCGUGUGCUAGUAUGUAUGUAUGUACACAUUAUUUUUAUAAGCGUGUGAUCGUUCGCAUGUUCGCGUAUUCUUCAAUGAUCGCGCGUGGACGUCUUGUCUAGUUUUUAUUUCCAUUGGUCCAACUAAAGGCAUGAAUUCGGGCUGCUAGGAUCAAGGGCGGAGACUUUCGGACGUGACCGAUUCAUAAUUGCUCGAGCUUAGGUUCUUAGGUUCCAACGUUCACCUAAUCAAUCGGGGUGUUUGAAUAUUGGCGAAAUCGCGGGCGUUCGUAUUUGUGACCAGGUUUGUGCCAUCGCGUAGGCCACGUUUGUACGUUUGGAACGAGAGAUUGCUAGUGUAUACGAGAGAACAAGCAAUUUGUGUUAGUGAGUGUUAGCAUGGAUCCAACCGAAAAUAUAGCAACAAAAGAAGGUGCCUGCAGAGAGAAUUGAGCCCUAAACCCACAUUGUAUAUUAUUUGACCAUGGCAGUGGAUAAUGAAGGUCGCCAAGUUAAGUACUAAAAUUGAUCACAAUGUAGCUUAACUAAAAAGAAAAUAAUCGUAUCCCAAGUUUCUGUGAUACAAUGACUGUAAUACUGCUUUGGUGGAAAAGCCCCCGGACCACAUCAAGGUACAGUAUCAUGCCAAGGGAAAAAACCCGAACCCUAUAAUCUUAAAAUUAAAAAAGCCCGAACGCGACCCAAACUCCAAAAUUUACAUUUUGAGAAACCCAAUCAGAUACAAAAAUGUGUCAGAUAAGAACUACCAACCAAUAUCCCGACGACUUAAAAUUAUACCAGAGCUGGACCCUAAGCUCAUAUGAAAUGAUAGAAUCUCUCGAAUCUUCCCUCAAAUCUGUCUCUAUCGUGAUCAAUAGAUGGCUUCGAAUUGUCGCUACUUCUCGUAGAACUCUACUCGCUUUGAUAUAUUACCCAUUUUAGCACAAAUUUUAUGUUAAUAAUCACUCACUGAAAGACUAUAAAUGUGAAACGUUGUUCGUUUCGUCCGUGAUCGUUUAAAAAACCAAAUAGUUCAACAAGUAAGCAAAUCUGAACAGAAAGAAAAUUUUAUCAAUGCAUACAAAAAUAUUUAGGCACCAGAAAAUAUAACAAAUUUUAGUGAUUCAAAACAGGAAAAAAUUAGUACGGUUACAUGUAUCAUCUAGUCGUAUUACGAAGUAAAAUCCAUUAACAAGGAUUGGUGCAAACAGUGGCAAAAAAUGAUAAUUUCAAAUUGGAAAACCAGGAACUCAAAAAUUUUAAAUUUAAAAAUCCCGAAACCCGUUGGGGUCGUGUCGGGUACGGGUUUAAAAAAUCGAACCCGAUCAUCUCUACUUCAAAAUUGAAAAUGAUCUCAUACAUCAGUUUUUUGUCCACUCCAAUUUAUCGCCAUUGUUUGAAUUAACUAGAGUUUUAUAUAAUUGGAAGUCCCAUUUUAGAUAUUAAAACUGUGUCAAACAUCGAUUCUCGUUAUCUACUCACCAACCCACAUGACCGAAAUAAUGAUGGAACAUAACAAAAAUCUUAUAUCGGAAGUCGUCCUCUUUGAUUUCAGAAUUGCAUCGAACAUCGAUUUUCGUAACAUACUCGUCAUGCUUAUUACAAAAUUAUUUACACUUUUUGAACAUAAGGAAUUUCGCUCAAUCGGAAAUCGCGAUUGUAACAUUUUAAAUGGCGUCAGACAUCGAUUCUCAUCAUCUACUUGUCAAUCCUAUUACGAAAAUGUCCAUAUUGUUUGCUUAUAAAUAUUUGGCUCGCACUAAGGUCGAAAAUCAACAUAGUGAUUUUGUGCCAUCAUUCUCAAAAAGUUGGUAGAAUGCAAAUAUAUUUCUUAACUAAUUCGGUUCUAUCAGUCUCUGAGGUUAUUAACCGCAUCCAAAAAGGAUCGAGAGAUCACUAGUUCCGCUUAAAGAUCUUGCGAUCUUUACUCCAGGAGUUCUGGUAUCAUCCGGAACAUGUGUAAAUAUAAACCCCAAGUAGCAAUUGCAACUUGUUGAAAGUUUUAAAUGUUGCACAACUGCUACACAAUAUUUUUAAUUGUUGGAUAUAUUUGAAAAGAAUUUCCACGGGAUUUUAAACUGAUUGUGCAACUAUGUAACUAUAGAGCUGGCCAAUAGUGCAAGUAUGCAAACAUCAAUAACAGUUGUGAAACUAAUCAGAAACAUUGCUAACUUGCACAAACAGUCUAACAAGUUGCAAAUGCCUCUUUGUUUGCCAUUCCACCCAAAACAGAACUGUCCAACUACCCAGUGCUGGCAAAUGGCACAGCUAUUGUUUUCAUUAUUUUGCGGCAAUUAGGAACAUGUUGCACAACAUACAAACAAAGUGCGCUUUUCCAUAACAUAGUUGUUACCAAGAGAGUUACAAAUACUAUACAGUAGCAAAGCGUGCUACUUGGGACAUGCUUCCUCGCCUAUUGAUUAAAAAAAGAUGGGUGGGUAAUGUCUAGGACAUAACCGGAGUGUCAUGACUACUUGUUUGACUUGUAAUUCAAAUCGAAUGAUACUCAAUGAAAUAUGUGGGAAUGUUUCAAGUUAUUCUUUAUAAUAAUUAUGGUGGUUCUGAAAAGAACCUUUGUUUUUGGCGUCUGCGUUGAUAGGGGAUGCGCUGGAUUCUACGCUCGUUGAGACAUUCAUUCAUGAAAUGAACAAAUUUCAUUUUUUUCUUGCUUUGAAAUAUCAAUGUAAAAAUCUCUCGAAACGACCAUCGGAAUCUUUUUCCUAGCGUACAGAAAUGAAUACGCUUAGCGAAAAACUAGGGGCGGGUAAUGUCCGGGACAUAACCACGAUGAUCAUAUUCUUAAAAUUCUGCUUGUAUCUCUUAUGGCUAAAUUUUACGCAUUAAGUUCGAUUCACCGGGCUCAGCGAAAUAUGCGCUAAUAUGCGCUACUAUCGCUUUCUCGCUCGUUCUCGUGGCGUGCAUGAGCCUUUCCUUUCCGUCCGGCUUCUAAUGGCAUAACCAAAACUAAUAUGCCGGCUUCCCCUCACCAACUGCUCUCGUCAAUCAACCCAAUACGAAUAAUCGUAGGAACAAACACGCAGUGGACCUAUAUAUAAACUUUUCAUUACUUUUACUUUUUACUUUAUUUUUAUUUACGUGACUUUAAAAGUAUUUUUUUUUUCAUUCGUCACGCAAACUUUUCAUUAUUUUAUUGUUCGGUUGCUGCACCGUAUUGACGGCUCUGCGCGGGAUGGGCUGAAAAUUUUCACUUUUCCGAGUCGUUUUCGAAAGAUUUUUCAAAACACUAUUUUCCAUUGAUAAUGAAUGUUCUACAUAUUCCAAAAUUUAAUACAACAUUGGUACAAAUAUUUGCGACAAAAUGCCGAAGAAAUUGAUUAAAUCCAUUCAGUACAACAAAAGAUAUAAGCGUUCAAAAUCUUACAUCAUUUUUCUUCCGAAAUUUUUAAAAAGGGCCCCUAUAUUGAAAGGUAAGUCGUUAGUCAGGACAAAAUGUUAUGUUCUGGGUUAAAUCUGUUUCUUUCCAAAAGAGAACAUCAGCUGCCGUAGAGAGAUAUAUUUCAAUCAAUAGUGAAAUAUUUCAAAAAUUUCAGCGUUUUACAACUAUCCAGAUUACCGCGGAUUCAAGUUGCACUUAUGCGCUCUUUGUAAAAGAUACUCCGAAUAAAUCAAUAACGUAGCUAUGAACGCAAAGACUGCUGGGCAUAAAUGAUAAUGUUUCUUACUGUACAACACAUCCAAUAAUACCCAAGAACUAAACUAUUCAAUAGCCAACUCAGAGAAAUUUUUUCGCAAGCAAAAAGAAACGGUAUCAGGUCAGCUAACCGGAGCAUAAAACAAACCGAUUCACUUAAAAACUUUUCCCGCUAAUGUGGUCCACCGGAGUCGAGCGAAAUAGUAGCCAAUAUCGGGAAGUGCCUGCCACAAACUAAUGGAUACUCCGAGUCCCCCGCCCAGGUAUCCGACGGUCAUGAAUAUUGUAAGCAGAGCUCAUUGUUUCCUUCCCCGUACCUACCGGCUAUGUCGUGCAUCGGUUGGCUUUGUCUUUGCUGUCAUCGCCGUCAACCCAUCCCAUUUGCUCCCAUCGUGUUCGAUUAUCAAGGCAAGGAGUUUAGUUAGAAAACCUCGUUUCGGUAUCAAAACAACUUUUACCUGGAAAGAACCCCCAUUUCCCAAUUCCGGCUCACCCGGGGGUAAUCCCGUUCACAGUUGAACUAAAUCGUCUUAAAAAGCUGGAAACUGGAAGCGGAAACUUUCUGUUCAUCGUAAACUUUUACUUAUGCUUUCCUCCGUCCCGAAAACCCACGCGGCCCGAUCAUCCGGGCUUUGCCUGUACUCGGUUAUAACCGAUGGAAAACUAUUAGAUUUCCCAAUAGAAGCAGACUUUCAUGGCAAGAUGUUUCUUUUCCUGUCUGCUUGUGUGAGUAGGUGUGUGUGUGCUUGUAUGUGAAUAAAUGUCCCCAGGUAAGCACGAUUCUAAGCAGGUGUGCGAGUGUGAGCAAAACUUUUCUUUCCACCCCAACCGGCGGCGGCGGUGGUUGGUAUCCCAGUUUCAGCAGAAAAGCGGUUGAAACUUGCCCCUUAAUGCUGGUGUAGUCGGUAUCGAAACGGGCGUGGGAGGAGUUGCGGUCAAAGUUCGACUUCUAAAUCCCCGUACCGUGUGAAAAGCUCAACGUAAAUAAAUAGGCAACCAACCAAACAAGCAAGCAGUCUGGGAAGCGGAUAAAAGAAGCGCUUUCACAAUCAACCAGAGAGCGAGCGAAGGAAGCACAAGCGGUCGGCUGACAGUGGAUUGUGAGAAAAGCCGAGUUACACAAUCUGUGAGGCGAUCAUUUGAUAAAUAUUUGAUUAAAAUAAAGUGCCUUAUGGAUCAUUUCGUUUUCUUUAUUUUUUCAUUCACAACGGUCUGUGUAUGUACAUACAAAUCUGGCGAAAGGUAGAAACGGGCCGAGAGCUCGGUCUUGGCCGCUAGUUGAUGUCCACCUUAGGAAGUCUUUUUUUAUAUCGUGAAACGUAGAUAAGCUAGAGCGACUUUCGGUAAUAGGCGUGUGAAAAUGUGUAAAGUAGUGUUUAUUAGGGUACGUAAUGAAAAUAAAAACAGCUAUCGUUCUACAGUAGGCUAAAAGGGAAAGAAGUAUUAAUAAUAUUUGUCCAGUAGUGGAUAAUCGCUGAUGAAACAACUGUUUAUAAAUGGUCAGUUAUUAAUUUUAAGUCUUCAAUGACCUAGCUAAAGAAAAGCUCCUGCUUUGAAGAAUGUAAAGAUUUUGCUUUAUUUAUGUCUUUUUGUUCCAAAUCGUAAAAGUGACGAACUAAAAAAAAAUAAAAUAAGCAUUGAAACAAAACACAUUUGAUAAUUUCAGACGAAGAUGUACAUAACUAAAGCUAACAAUUUUGUACUUUAAGCCGAAGUAACAUAAUGAGAAAGUUAUAAAUUGGCGAACAACAGAAAAACACAGGCUUAUUAUUCUUGAAACAAUAGGUCAGCUGCAAUAUUCAAUAAACGUAACUAAUUAAUGCGAAAAGAGAGCAAAAAAAAACUCUCUCAAUCAACAAACCCUGUACAGGAUUAUGUGUAACAGCAUAGCUUAGUUGAAAUAAAAAACAGGAGCGAGCAAAAAAUUAAACGUUUUUAUCCUAGUGUAACCACGGCGAGAUCGGCAUGCAAGAAAAUGAUGAUAAAAAAAACAACAGUAGCACUUGUAAAAAGCUAUCGCAAAAUGUAGCAUCAAUAAAAGGUAAAGGUAAAAAUGUGUAAAAUGUAUGGUCAUAAAUAGUAAUAAAACAAACAAAUCUCAGAGUAAGG